GCUUGUGGGUUCCAGCGAGUCUCCAAUGGAUUUCCAGAAGACAAGGGGAAUAACAUACAGUCUAUUUACUGCUGGCACAUAAUGCUGGAAUUCUUUGGCAAAGGCAUUUUGCUGGGCAUGGUUAAGAUACAUGAUGGAGAGUUCUUCUGCUGAAAAUGACUUACAAAACUCUCAUGAAGAAGGAAAACUUUAUGCAGUUGAUUCCUUAAACAACUUAAAUGAACAAAUUCUUUGUGCGGCUCGAUCUCCACAGCCAACAGUCCGGGAAGAGCACGUAGACAGUGAUGGCUGUCUGGCAAUGCAAAGUGGCAUGAGAUGCCAAAGCUGGUUCUUUGUCACAUUGAUCAUUACUUUAAUAGUCAGCUUGGCACUUGUUUCCUUCGUAAUAAUCUUAAUAGUUCACACUGGAGACAAGAUGGAUGAAGUUUCAAGAAAAGUAGUAUUGGAAAAGAAGAGCAUUGAAGACCUUAAGAAAUUAAAUGACAUGAUUUUACAAUACCUCAACCAGACAGAAUGGAUGGAGAAUAUAGGAAACUUUAGCGCAAUGCAAACAAGGCAAUAAA